ACUAGAUCUUGUGGACCGAGUAGUCAAGUGUUGAAGAGAAUCUUUAAUAUGAACCUAGUAAUUAUACUUAUGGUCGUGGUUGGAUUGUCUGUGGCUGUGCCACAGUACUAUAUUCCCUCAGGAUUUGUAUAUCAACAUCCGGCGAAUAUAUUGAAUUCGGCGUUAGAAGACACUUUACCAAAUGAAUUACGAAACGACUUUUAUAAAAACCCACAAAUCGCCGCUAAACUCGCAAAAGAAUCAUGGAUUUUUAAUAAGGAAAUGCAGGUAAUCGAUCGUGAAACAGAUAAAAUCCCACGGGAAAAAGUAUAUGAUGUCCUACAUAAUGCAGGCUUCGUACGUAAAUAA